UAGAAUUAAGGUGGAGAAAAUUAGAGUGAGAAUUUUGUGCCUAGCUGCUACCAACAAAAACAAGCUGAUUAAUUAGCAAGAAAUCAUGAACCCAGGUCUACGGCAAUGUUUUCCAAUCAGGAGGCCGUGGUCUUUGGUGAAGUUUUUGAUGUGGGGAUUAGUGAUGUUUGUGCAAUUCAGUGAGUACAAAGGUUGCUUGGAGGAAGAGAGGAUUGGUCUCUUACGACUGAAGGCUUUUCUGAAAUCCGAUUAUCACAUUGGCCACCGUCUUCCCUCCUGGAUUGAAGACGCAGAUCGAAUGAGCAGUGACUGCUGUGGUUGGGAGGGAGUCUCGUGCAACUGCACCACGGGUCAUGUCAUUGAACUCUCCCUCCAUGAUAUAAAACAACACCUUUAUACAGACAGUUUCAUCGAUUCAACAGCCACAAUUAACAAGAAUCAUAAUUGGUUGCUGAAUGUUUCCCUGUUUCAGCCUUUCAAGGAGCUAACAAGUCUUGAUUUGUCCGGCAAUGAAAUUGGUGGUUGCAUAGCUAAUGAAGGUUUUGAAAGUCUAGCUGUAUUGAGAAGGUUGGUGGUAUUGAACCUCGCUUCUAAUUCCUUUGACGAUAGCAUUUUACCAUCCCUAACUCAACUUUCAUCCCUUACCACAUUGGUUCUUGCGCAUAAUAAUCAUUUGGGAAAUUGGGCAACAGCUGCAGGUUCUAAAAGCUUGUCAAGGUUAGAGAACCUGGAGACAUUAGAUAUUAGUUACACUCAUUUCAACAGGAGCACCAUGUCAUCGUUGAGUACUGCAGUCAAAUCAUCAUCCCUAAGGAAUCUGAAUCUUGCCGGACUUUGGAUGGAAGGACCCUUACCUGCCCAAGACUUAUCGGCGUUAGAAAACUUGGAGAGGUUGAAUUUAAGUAGCAAUGGUCUCACUGACGGCUUAACACCCAAAGAAUUCCAUGGUUUGUCUAAACUGAGCAAGCUAAAGCACUUAGAUUUAAGUUCCAAUCACUUCGGGAAGCAAAUUUUAAGAGUUUUGGGCGCCCUCCCAACCCUCAAGUCUUUGAACCUAAGUACCAACGAAAUCGAAGGGCCUCUUUCUAUCAAAGAAAUGGCUAAUCUAAGCAACUUGGAGGUCUUGAUCUUGCGAGAUAACCAACUUACUGGAAGAUUACCAAUCCCAGAUUUGGCAAAUUUAAGUAGGUUGGAGAUUUUAGAUAUGAGUGGAAAUCUCUUCAUUGGGAGUAUUUCUCCAUAUAUUGGGGCACUAUCUUCAGCGAAGGCUAUAUCGUUAUCUGACAAUGAUUUCAAUGGAGAUUUCCCAACUGAAGAUUUGUGCAGAUUGAAGAAACUUGAAGAGUUUGAUAUUUCUGGCAAUGACUUUGAAGGGAUCCUUCCUCGAUGCAUAAACAAUAUGUCAUCACUAAGAUUGUUUGAUAUAUCUCAUAACCGUUUCACUGGAAACUUGUCUUCAUCUCUGGUAGCCAGCUUGAGUCCCACAACUAUUGAGUAUAUUGAUCUCAGUCAUAAUCUUUUUGAGGGUCUGUUCUCAUUCAGCUUAUUCGCUAAUCAUUCCAAGCUUGAGGUGUUUCGAUUUAUCAGUGACAACAACAAACUUGAGAUUGAAACUGAAAAUCCAGUCGGUUGGACCCCAUUAUUUCAGUUAACGGCCCUAGUAUUGCGGAAUUGUAAUAUGAACAAGCUAACCGGCAAUAUUCCGAAGUUUCUCUUUGAUCAACACAGAUUGGAAGUAGUUGAUUUCUCUCACAAUAAGUUGAAAGGAAGCUUCCCCUUUUGGUUGCUAGAAAACAAUGCAAGGCUACGACUGCUAAAUCUUAGAAAUAAUUCUUUUGAGGGUCGAUUUUAUUUACAACCAGAGCACCAUAUUAAUGUUUCUUGGAUGGAUGUAUCAGGAAAUCACUUAGAUGGGCGACUUCAAGAAAAUAUUGGAAAGAUAAUGCCAUAUUUAAAAGCUCUAAAUAUUUCCCGAAAUUGUUUUGAAGGUGAUCUUCCAUCCUCAAUUGGUGACAUGAGUUAUUUGAAAGUAUUGGAUUUGUCCUUUAAUAGAUUCUCGGGGAAGGUACCAAAGGAAUUGGUUUCCAAAUGUACCUCAUUGAAUAUUUUGAAUUUACAAAAUAAUAGGUUUCAGGGUGAAAUCUUCUCGAAGCAUUUCAAAUUGUCAGCCUUAAUUAUGCUUCAAUUGAACAGCAAUCAGUUCACAGGUACGCUAUCUAGUGUAUUAUCAACUUUCAGUGCCAUGAAUCUGUUUGAUAUUGGGAACAACAACAUGUCAGGUACAAUUCCCACGUGGAUAGGAAAAUUAAUAAUGUUUGGGGGAGCUCUUGUCAUGAGUAAUAAUUCUUUUGAGGGUCACAUUCCAUGUGGAUUUGGUUCAACAUGGUUAAUAGAUCUUUCUCAUAACUCACUUUCGGGACCUUUACCUUCUUGCUUGGAUGAACAGUCUAAUCUGCUUUUGCAAGGGAACAAGCUUACAGGAUCUAUACCAAAAGCUCUUUUCAACUCAUCAUCUCUUGUGACAUUGGACCUUAGAGAAAACAACCUUUCUGGCAUCCUUCCUGUUGAAAUCAGUACACUUUCUAACUUAAGAAUACUUUUGUUGAGAGGCAACAAUUUCAGUGGCAUGAUUCCAAACCAAAUAUGUUUGCUAAAGAAAAUAGGCAUAAUGGAUCUUUCAAGGAACUCCUUUUCUGGGACUAUACCGCAUUGUUUUCAAAAUACUACCUUUGGGAAGAUAAAUGCAGUAGAUCUUGCCUUUUCACAAACUUAUUCUACUUUUACGAUGUGGUACAUGGGAGAAACUCCAACAUAUGAAAGUCUUCUAGAGAAAUAUCUUCCGAAUGCCGAUAUAGAUGUACCAUAUGAUAAUCAAGUUGAGGUUGAGUUUGUAACGAAGUACAGGUCUAGCUCCUACAAGGGUGGCAUCCUUGAUUAUAUGUCUGGAUUAGAUUUGUCGUGCAACAAACUAACAGGUGGAAUCCCAGUGGAACUAGGACAAUUAUCUUCAAUUCAUUCACUAAACUUGUCUUACAAUCAAUUGACAGGUUCGAUUCCGAAGGAAUUUUCGAGUUUGGCUUCGAUAGAAAGCUUGGACCUUUCUCACAAUAAUUUGAGUGGAGAAAUUCCCUCGACAUUGAUUGAUUUGAAUUUUAUGGGAAUAUUCAAUGUUGCAUACAAUAAUUUAUCUGGUAAAGUUCCUGAUAUGAAAAAUCAAUUUGGGACUUUUGAGAAUAGUAGCUAUGAAGGAAAUCCAUUUCUUUGCGGACCACCACUGGAGAAUGGUUGUAGCCCCAUAGCAGAAAAGUCAAAUCCAAAAGCAAGUGAGAGGAAAUGGUAUGAGGUAGAUCCUCUAGUCUUUUUUGCAAGCUUCUCAGUAUCUUACAUUAUUUUCUUUUCGAUGGUAGCUGGUAUCCUUUAUAUUAAUCCUUAUUGGAGGCAGAGGUGCUUCAAUUUGAUUGAGGAUCUCAUCUACUGGAGUUAUUUUACAGUUUUUAUACCCCUUUUUAGGUUGUCAAAUCGACUAUGUCGACAUUAGAUUGAUAUCUCCCCGUUUAAAUGGACAUCUUUAAAGGUAGUGAUGAUAUAUGGCUAGUUGUGUACAUGAAUCAUUGAAGCCAAUAUUGGUGGUUGCGCUCUACUAUUAUGAAUCAAGGAACUCACUUCCCCUGUUUCAUCGAUAUGGUAAUUCUUAUUAUAAUUUUAUGCUGAAAGUUGUCUUAUUAUAGACAACUGGCUUUCAUUGAAGUUUCUAGCAAAAGGUGAUUGCCGCAAUUAGACAUAUUUUCUGAGUCCAGAAAAAUUUAAAUCGCCGAAAACUGCUGUCUUUCCCUUCGCACGUAAAUCGCCGGAAUUUUCUGAGGCUA